AUGAAGCCCGACGAAGAUGUGCCAGCCUUGCCGGCAGAUGCCCUUCCUCGUUCACGUUCCGGCAGCAGGGCGGUAUCGGACCGCAGAGAGCUUUCGCGCGAGCUGGAUCGCAGGCACGACGACAAGGAUCGUAGACGGGCUCGAGACCCUCGGGACGAGUUUGACGACCCUCGCUAUCGCCGACGAAGGGAGUCUCCACCCCCUCCGCGACGCAGCGUUCCACCCAUCAAGCGGCCUUCGCCGACAUACGAAGCCCCACCCGAAGACUACAAUCCGGAAGAACCGAAGGAAGAUGAUUCCGAAGCUCGUUCUGUUUUUGUGUCGCAAUUGGCUGCUCGCCUUACCGCCCGUGAUUUGGGCUACUUUUUCGAGGACAAACUCGGCGAAGGCACAGUGAUGGAUGCCAGGAUCGUCACGGACCGGCUUUCUAGACGCUCCAAAGGGAUCGGUUACGUGGAGUUAAAGACUAUUGAACUCGUGGAUCAAGCGAUUAACUUGAGUGGCACAGUGGUUAUGGGUCUUCCGAUCAAAGUACAGCAUACGGAAGCGGAGCGAAAUCGCACACAUGCUGGAGACGGGAGCCUCAAUCUGCCUCCAGGCGUGAGCGGCACUCAUGGUCCACGACAACUCUACGUUGGUUCGUUGCACUUUAACUUGACAGAAAGCGACAUCAAGCAGGUCUUCGAGCCUUUCGGCGAAUUGGAAUUUGUGGAUCUUCAUAGAGACCCAAUGACCGGUCGCAGCAAGGGUUACUGUUUCAUCCAGUACAAGAGAGCCGAGGAUGCCAAGAUGGCUCUCGAGCAGAUGGAAGGGUUCGAGCUUGCUGGUAGAACACUGCGCGUCAACACAGUGCACGAGAAGGGCACCGUGAAGUAUACCCAGCAAGAAUCUCUCGAAGAAAAUGGCGGUAAUCUGAAUGCAGCAUCACGCCAAGCACUGAUGCAGAAGCUUGCCAGAAUUGAACCAGCUCGGGCUCCAGUUGAGACGGUCUCCAAGCCUGUCAUCACGCAAACCUUGCAAUCGAAGUCGGUGCUUCUCAAGAACAUGUUCGAUCCCGCUGAGGAAACUGAAAAGGAUUGGGACAAGGAUCUGGCAGAUGAUGUCAAGGUUGAGUGCGAGAACAAGUACGGCAUGGUCAACUUCAUCAAGGUCGACAAAGAGUCCCAGGGAGAAAUAUAUGUCAAAUUCGACACCGUUGACUCCGCGAAAAAGGCCAUCGAAGGACUCAACGGCCGCUAUUUUGGUGGCAGGCAGGUUACCGCCACCUUCAUCCCCGAUGCCUUCAUGCAGGCACUGCAGUGA